CCGCCAUCUCCUCCGCCGCCUCCUCUACGGCACCGCCUCAACCACCACCAACAAUCCCAACCCAGGCCUUCUCAUGGGAAUUAGCAAGACCGAAGUGAAUCUAAGAAGGCUUCUUACUGCUGCUCCUCAGCAAAAGAAUCAGACAAAGCUUGUACAUUAUGUUACCACAUUACGAGAGCUUCUGGAGCAGCUUGGAGCAGAAACUACUUCGGAGGGAAUUUCAAGCAUUUCAAAAGCAAAGCUGAGUGAAUAUUCUGAGAAGAUUGAAGCUCUUGCUGCAAAAUUAGCUUCCUCACUGCCUGAACCUGUGGAAGCUGUUGAUGAAUCAUCUUCCCAGAAAAGCCCUUCGAGAACGGAACAAGAUAGCAGUCAUGCACAUAAUUCUCCUAGUUUGAGGAGGAGACCCGUAGCUCGGACAGAAACUAAAGAUGCCAUUCAUGGCCCUGCAGAGAGGGAUUUAACAAUGCCUGUCAAACUAGAUGUUUCAGCACAAGCCCACAUUGAGAAGCAUAGAAAGCUUCAGGAGGAUUUGACGGAUGAAAUGGUUGUGUUGGCACGACAGCUCAAGGAAAGCAGUCUUAUGAUGAACCAGUCUUUGAAUGACACUGAAAAGAUACUUGAUUCUACGGAGAAAGCUGUAGAGCAUAGCUUGGCAAGCACCGGUCGAGCCAACGCAAGAGCGGUGGAGAUAUAUUCAGAAAGUACCAAGACGACAUGCUUCACAUGGCUCAUUAUAUUAGCUAUGACAUGUAUCUUCGUGAUGGUGGUUUUGCUUAUUCGUGUUACAUAACAUUACUCUGUUGCAUAGUGUUUAAAUGACGGUCAGUCAAAUCACAUGUAUUGUUGACGAAAUGUGUUCUUGUGAAAAAUUGCUUUUGGUUGCAAAAAACUUGGGACUGUGUAGAGAACUUGAUAGGUCCGCUGGUAAUUCGCCUCUUGAGACGCAUUACUUUGGUGUGUGCUACUUUGAUGACGCAUCUACUCUUUACGAGAGUGACGACUAA